GGUUAACCAUGACUAAGUAACAUAUGCAGCAAGUACUCACAUCAGUGUAACAUCAUCGUCCACUUCCCCAACUAGUAACACAUUUUCUAUCAUGUCGCCGCCACUGUUCACGCUUCCCAGUGGUGACAAAAUUCCGAGCGUGGCCUUUGGCACUGCACCUGUCGACGAACGCUACCUGACCCCAGAGUUUCUGGAAGAUGUCCUCAAACGUGCAAUCCAGAACGGGCACCGCCACUUUGAUGAGGCGGAAAUGUACACAACGGAACCAGUUUUAGGCUCAGCACUCAAGGCUUUCCCUGCCAUAUCUCGGAGCGAGCUAUUCAUUACGAGUAAAGUUCACCCUUGGAUGGGAAUUAAACACAAGGAUGUAGAAGGUGCACUCCUUAACAGCUUGAAGGCACUCGGUCUGGAUUAUAUCGACUUGUAUUUGAUUCACAUGCCGUUCUUAGAUGUAGAGGGUCUCACCCUCGAGGAAACCUGGGCAAGUAUGGAGUCUGUCAAGGCUAAAGGCCUCGUCCGUCACAUUGGUGUCUCUAAUUUCCGCCCAAGCACUCUUGAGCGCUUGCUCAAGUCUGCAGUAGAAAAGCCAGAAGUGAACCAGAUCGAGCUUCAUCCGUAUCACUUUGAGCAUGAUACGGUCGAUUUUUGUCGCGAGCAUAAUAUUUUAGUUGCAGCCUACAGCCCACUUGCGCCCCUUGGUCCCUGCAGCGACGGGCCUCUUGCUCCGAUUCUUAACUCAAUCGCAGACAAAUACAACGUCACCCCAGGUCAGAUUCUUCUGAAAUGGCAACAUCAGCAAGGCUUCUUGCCCGUCACAUCGACUACAAGAGAUGAACGGCAGAAAGCACUGCUAAAUCUCGAUUUCACCUUGGAAGAGUGCGAUGUUAGGCUGAUCACGGAAAAGGGUGCAACAUGGCACGAGCAGUUAUUUAGAUGGGGCAUGGGCACCCCGAGGGAAGGGGAAGAUAUUGAAUACGACAAAUUGAUGGCGAAAAGUUUGUGACAUUGUUCGCUUUCUAUCCAGCUUUUAUUUGUAUAUCGAUCUUGAGUACAAGAGACAAGGUAAAUAUUACAUAUCUCGUCAUAAAACAUCAUACUGU